AUGGGAGACAAUAAACCUGGAGGAAUAGUAGCAACUGCAAAGAACCGUCUGCAGGUGGUGAAAGGUUUGGAGGAUGUGGAGGCGUCUGAGUGUGAGAGCUGCUCCUUUGAGGUGACCCUCAACUUGGCCUACAUCGAGGGUGUGUGGACCAGGGAUGGGAUGAGGCUCAAGUCUAAGCCCACCUGUCGCAUCAGCACGAACGGGAAGAGACACUCCCUCAUACUGAGCAGGGUGGCUUUGGGAGACGCUGGCUUGAUCUCUUUUGAGGCCAAUGAUAUUCAGACCUCGAGCAGACUCAGUGUCAGAGCUAGGGACAUCCACAUAGAAAAGGAGCUGGAGGAUGUUGAUACGAUGGAGCGUCAACCUGUAAGCUUCCUCUGUGAGGUUAACCAGGUGGAUUUGGAUGGUCGGUGGUAUAGAGAUGACUGCAGAAUCCGACCUGGGGACAACAUCAAGAUCAGACAUCAGGGUAAAACUCACACCCUGUCCUUUAAGUCAGUCAGGCCAGAGCAUGCUGGAGAGAUCAGAUUCACUGCAGAGCGUGUCUCAUCCUAUGCCACUCUCACAGUAGAAGAGCUCCCUAUCCAAAUAGUGCGUCCUCUGAGGGUCAAGAUAGCCAUGUAUCGCCACCGAGGUCUUCUGGAGUGCCAGGUGUCACGGCCUAAUGCUCAGGUCAGGUGGUACAAGAACAGGAAGGAGCUCUUGCCCAGUAAGAAGUACCAGCUGAUCAGCCAAGAUGUCUAUAGGCAGCUGACCAUCGACAACGUCUGCUCCUCUGAUGAGGAUACCUACACCUGUGAUGCUGGAGAUGACAAAACCUCUUGUCAGCUUCUGGUGGAGGAGCAGGCUAUUAAAAUUGUGCGGGGGAUGAGCUCAGUGGAGGUGAUGGAGCCAGAACCUGCGCAGUUCCAGGUAGAGACCAGCCUGAAGUCAGGGAGGCCACCUAAAUGGACCCUGAACGGUGAGGUGCUGGAGCACGGUGCAGCGGUGAACAUCGACAGAGAGGGCACCCUCCACAGCCUCUGUCUCACCUCCACAGAAAGCUCCAUGUCUGGACCUGUGCUUUUUGUCGCUGGCAAGAGUCGUUCCUCUGCUCAGCUGACUGUGAAAGAGCGACCUCUCCAGAUUGCCCGCCAUUUGGAUGAUGCAGAGGCAAAAGAGAACAGCUCUGUGACCCUGAGCUGUGCAUUUGCCCCCUCUCCCAGGGUGGUGAGGUGGUUUAAAGGUCGUACAGCUCUGAAGACCUCAAACAAGUACAGCAUGAAGAGAGAGGGGAAACGAGCAGAGUUGACCAUUCAUGGCUUGACAGGGAUGGAUGCAGGACAGUACCGCUGCAUGGCUGGGGGUUCACAGAGCACAGCACAUGUGAAGGUAGAAGUGAGAACAUUAAAGUUAGUGAAACACCUUAAAGCUGUGGAAAUUGAGGAGGACGGUGUUGCCACAUUCUCAUGUGAGCUCAACUAUGUGGUUGCCAAUGUGGAGUGGCUCCUCAACAAUGUCCGCCUUUAUUCCAACGCCAUCAACAGGAUACAGCACAUGGGCACUAUGCACAGCCUUAUGAUUAAGAAGCUGCGGCCACAGCAGAGCAUGAUCACCUUCAAAGUAGGCCUUCUUUCGGAGACAACAACCUUAGAGGUCAAAGAGCGCCCAGCAGUGUUCCUGAGGUCUCUGGAGGAUGCAGUAGGAGAAGAGCAAGGGGAGGUCUGCUUGCAGUGUGAAAUUUCCAAAGAGACACUGACCCCUGUUUGGAGAAAGGACGGUGAGGUCCUGAUGACUGAUGACAAACAUGAGCUGCUUCAGUGCGGGAAGUCCAUGGCACUAAUUGUUCAUUCCCUGAGCAAAGAUGACGCUGGCCUGUACACCUGUGACCUGGGCACCAGCCAGACCAAAGCUAAAGUUUGUGUACAUGACUUGCAUAUCACCAUUAUUCAACGUUUGAAGACAACCUCUAUUAUGGAGGGCGAAAACUGCACUUUUGAGUGUCAGCUCUCUCAUGAUCUCAAUGAUGAGCCUUCCUGGACCAUCAAUGGCCAGGUGGUAGUCACCAACAGCCGAAUCCAGGUUUUCAUCAAUCGCCGCAGGUAUAGGAUGACCAUUAGAGAUGCUGUACUGUCUGACGCUGGAGAUGUGGUCUUCACAAUUAAAGACCUAAGCUGUAGGACCAUGCUUUUUGUGAAAGAGAAGCCAGUGCACAUUUAUAGGCAGCUGCUAAAUGUCAAGGCUGUGCCGGGUGAGGACGCAGAGCUGAGUUGUGAGAUCACCAAACCUGAAGCCACGAUCCGCUGGAUGAAAAAUGGACAUCUAAUUAGGCAGAGCCCAAAGUAUGAGAUGGGUGUGCUGAAAGACCUUGCAAGGCUGGUAAUCAAAAAUACCACCAUCAAAGACUCUGGAGAGUACUGCUGUGAAGCAGACGGUGUCGCCUCCCGUGCCAAGGUGGAGAUCAGAGAGCUGCAGCACACAUUUGCAAGGGAGUUAAAAGACACCCAAGCAGAGGAAAAGGGUAAAGUGACUCUGGAGUGUGAGACCAGGCGGCCAGCCAAGCGUGUGACCUGGCGGAAGGGCAUGAUGGAGCUGCGGUCUGGUAGGAAGUAUGUCUUGAGGCAGAAGGGUGUGGUGCUUUCCCUGACCAUCACCUGUCUGGAGAAAUCGGACACGGAUAUUUACACAUGUGACGUUGGUACCAUGCAGAGCUGGGCACAGCUGACUGUACAGGGCCAGAAGGUAUUAAUCCUGGAUGAACUACAGGAUGUUGAGUGCCUAGAGGGGGAUACGGUCACAUUCAGGUGUCAGAUCUGUCCCAGCGACUAUACAGGGGUCAAGUGGUAUCUGGAUGAGACACUACUGUACACCAAUAAUCUUAAUGAGAUCCAGAUGGUGCCAGGAGGCUACCACACCCUCACGUUUAGACAGCUUGCCCGCAAAGACACUGGCACUAUCUCAUUUGCAGCAGGGGACAAACGGUCAUAUGCCUCACUGUUGGUUAGAGAGAGGCGUCCAACCAUCUGUAAAGCGCUGGAAGACUGUGAGGCUAUUGAAGGAGGUGGUUUGGUUUUGUCCUGUGUGAGCUCCAAGCCAUGUCACAUCCUGUGGUACAAAGAUGGCUGCCUGAUGUGGAACUCUUCAAGGUAUUUUGCCAGUCGUUCCGGCUGCGAGGCUCGGCUAACCAUUCGGGAGGUCUGCAGUGGUGAUGCUGGGGUGUACGAGUGCAGUGCUGGAUCUGUUACAACUAGGGCCAUUGUAACAGUUAAAGCCAUCCCAGCUGAGUUCACUCAGCCUCUACAGAUGGUGGAGGCCAAAGAAGGUGAGACUGUUAUCCUGACCUGUGAAUACUCUUUGCCUGGAGUCCAGUUCCACUGGAGGAAAGGUCUGGAGAACAUCAGGCCUGGAGACAAAUAUGUGAUGAAACAGAGGAAGACGAUCAAUUCUCUCACCAUCAAAGUCCUGAAGUCUGAGGACUCAGGAGAGUACACGUGUCAAUGCCGAGACCACCGCACUACAGCAAGCCUUAAAGUACACGCUAUCCCUAUUACAUUCGUACAGCAGCUGAAGAACAUGCAAGCAGAGGAGGGCAGCAAUGUCAUCUUGCGCUGUGAACUUUCCAAACCUGGAAUACCAGUGGAAUGGAGGAAGGACCAUGAACUGUUGAAGAAUGGGGUUAAGUACCAGAUAAGGAAAAGAGAGACCACGCUGGAACUUCUCAUAUGGAAGCCUGGGCCUGAAGACAGUGGGGUCUACAGCUGCCUGUGUGCUGAUCAGAGGACAACCGCCACUAUCAAAAUUACUGCUCUCCCAGUCACCUUCAAGCAGAGGUUGAGGAAUGUACUGAUCGAGGAGGGCAACACUGCGACUUUACGCUGUGAGUUGUCUAAACCGGGUCACUCGGUGGAGUGGAAGAAGAGUGGGGAUGAGCCCAUUAGGAAUGGUGAGAAAUAUCAAAUGCGGCAGAGAGACAUGCUGAUUGAACUGAGGAUCUUUAAUGUGACACCUGAAGACAGCGAUAUCUACACAUGCAUCUGUGGGAACAUAGAGAGCACUGCAACUCUGACUGUGAAUGCUCUUCCCAUCACCUUCAAGCAAAAGCUGAAGAACCUUCAAGUCGAGGAAGGAAACAACAUCACACUGCAUUGUGAGAUCUCUAAACCUGGCGUCCUUGUGGAGUGGAGACUCAAAGGAGAUCUGUUGGAAAAUGGAGAGAAGUACCAGAUAAAGCAGAGGGACUCAGUCCUGGAGUUGACCAUCAGAGAUGCUGUACUAGAGGACAGCGGAGUCUAUACAUGUGUCUGUAGAGAGCAGAAGACAAAGGCAACUGUUAAAGUAAUAGCGGUUCCUGCCACAUUUAAAGUGAGUCUGAAAAGUCAGGAGGCUGAAGAGGGGAACAGCGUGACAUUACGCUGCGAGUUGUCAAAAAAAGGAGUCCCAGUGCAGUGGCAGAAGGAGGGUCAGGUGUUGUCUGAGGAGGUAUCUCGAGGAAAAUAUCAGAUUAAGAUAGAAGGAAAGACAGCUCAGAUGACCAUUCUCAAUGUUCAACCAGAGGAUGCAGCGAAGUACAGCUGCAUCACAGGAGAUGAGAAGACCACUGCUGUGGUCAAAGUGAAACCACUGCCCAUUACAUUCAAACGGGAGAUUCAGCAUCUGGUGGUGACGGAAGGAGAUGGUGGAUUCUUCUGCUGUGAGCUCUCAAAACCUGGCGCUCCAGUGGAGUGGAGGAAAGGCAGAGUCAUCCUGAAGCCUGGAGACAAAUAUGAGAUGACGCAGGAGGGACGUCUCACUAAACUGAUCAUCAACAACGUUGACGAGAGUGAUGCUGGGAAAUACACCUGCAAGAGCAAAGACAGCCAAUCAACUGCUGAGCUCACUGUCCAAGAAUCACCACAGCGCAGACGUGAAAGAGCUUUGCCACCAAGGUUCAAGUUGCCACUAGUUAACCAGGAGGUGAUUGAGGGCAACAGUGUGGUUCUGCGAUGUGAGCUUGACAAACCUGCUCCCUCGGUGGAGUGGAGGAGAAGAGAGGGGCUUCUGAGGAAUGGAGACAAAUACCAGAUGAGGAAGAAGGAAUUGCAGGUGGAGAUGAAGAUUGUGGACAUCAGUCUAGAUGACAUCGGAGAAUACACUUGCAUAUGUGGAGAAGAAAGGACAACAGCUUCUAUCCUAGUCAACGAACGUCCCAUCAGAUUCCUCCAAGAACUGAAAAAUAUUCAGGUGCAGGAGGGCAAUGCUCUAACUCUCCGCUGUGAGCUGUCCAGACCUGGAGUCCCAGUGCAGUGGAGGAAGGGAGACAAUGCGUUGACCAAUGGAGAUAAGUACCAGAUGAAGCAGAGCAGCUCCACUCUGGAGCUUCUCAUCAGGAAAAGCCAGCCUGAGAACAGUGGAAUUUACAGCUGUGUUUGUGAAGACAUAAAAACUACUGCUACUGUUAUAAUCACUGCGAUUCCAGUGACUUUUAAGCAGAAAUUGAAGAAUCAGGAAGCUGUGGAGGAGGGCUGUGUGACACUGCGCUGUGAGCUCUCUAAGCCAGGAGUCCCAGUCGAGUGGAGGAGAGAUGCUUUACUCCUGAAGGAGGGUGAAAAAUAUCAGAUGAAGCAAGAUGGCAGGUUGUCUGAGUUGCUGAUCAGAAAUUUAGCUCUCACAGAUGCUGCGGAGUAUAGCUGUUUUGUUGACACUGUUGUGACUUCAGCUGACAUCAAAGUAAGAGCACUUCCUGUAACGUUUAAGCAAGAGGUGAAGAAUUUGGAGGUAAAGGAAGGGGACAGUGGAGUCUUCUGUUGUGAGCUCUCCACGCCUGGAGGUCCAGUGGACUGGAGGAAAGGCAGAGUCAUCCUUAAGACUGGUUACAAAUAUGAGAUGAAACAGGAGGGACAUCUUGCAAAACUGAUUGUUAAUAACAUAGAGGAGAGUGAUGCUGGGAAAUACACCUGCAAGACUAAAGACAGCCAGUCAACUGCUGAGCUCACUGUCAAAGCUCCUCCCAUCACAUUCAAAACCAAGUUAAGGAACCAGCAAGUGGAGGAAGAGAACAGUGUCACGUUGGGUUGCGAGCUGUCUAAGCCUGGCCUUGCGGUGGAGUGGAGGAAAGGGAAUGAGCUGCUGAAGAACAAUUUCAAGUACCAGAUUAAAAAUCGAACUAGCACCUUGGAGCUGACCAUUAAAAACGCACAGCUGGAGGACAGUGGACUCUACAGCUGUAUCUACGGUGAUGUCAAGACCACUGCCAACAUCACCAUUACAUCUAUCCCCUUAACCUUUAAGAUGGGUCUGAAGAACCAGGAGGCCCCUGAAGGAGGCAUUGUGACCCUUCGGUGUGAACUGUCUAGGGCUGGGGUGCCUGUACAGUGGUGGAAAGGGGAAGACCAGCUCUAUCAUGGAGGACGUUAUCAGAUGUCACUGAAGGGGAUGAUAGCUGAAAUGCACAUUCGAAACAUCCAGCCAGAGGAUGUUGGAGAGUACGGCUGUACCUUUGGAGAGCAAAGGACGACAGCUGAAGUGAAUGUGAGAGCGGCAGCAUCAGUGUUCUUUGAGAAGGAGCUGGAGAACCAAGCAGUGAUGGAGGGGAAAUCUGUGCUGCUGUUUUGUGAGAUUUCCAGUGGUAAUGUCCCUGUAACAUGGAAGAAGGACAACACUGUGUUGGAAGAUGGAGGACGAUACAUUUUAAAGAAACAAGGUCCUAAACACACACUCGAGAUCAAGAAAUUGCAUCUGUAUGAUGCUGGCGACUACUGCUGUAUCACCAGGGGCAAGAAAACCACUGCUAAGCUGAUUGUGAGGGAGCGCGUGCAGAUUGUUACAGAGCUGCGAGACAUGACAGUGACAGCGGGACAGGACGCAGUAUUUGUGUGUGAGCUGAGCCACGCUGAUGUGACUGAGGGUGUCUGGUGGCUUGGCUCCAGUCAAUUGCAGCAGAAUGAGAUGAACCAGAUGUCAUGCCAGGGUCGCCAACACCGACUGGUCCUCACCAUGACAACACCCGAGGAGACAGGCACUGUGACAUUUGUUGUUGGGGAGGAGAGGACCUCUGCAUGUUUGCUAGUGGUUCCUAAGCCCAAAGUUUUAUUUGAGGAGGAGCCUAAAGAUAUUGUGAUAAUGGAAGGGGAGACUGCUACUCUCUCCUGCACAACCUCUGACUUCACCACUCCUGUAACUUGGAGACGCAACCAUAUCCCCCUCCAAAAUGGUGAUAAAUACAAGAUAUGUAAGGAGGGAAAAGUUAACCUGCUGCUGAUCCAUGAUGUGGAGCCCCUGGAUACUGGAAUAUACUCCUGUGAUACUGGAGAUGAGCAGAGCAGUGCCAAGCUUACUAUAACAGAGCUCCCUCCAUUCUUCCAGGAGGAAUUGCAGAGUGUAGAGGCCGAGGAGGGAGAUUCAGCUUCUCUGUACUGUGAGGUAUCUAAACUUGGAGUGCCAGUACAAUGGAAAAAGUACGGGCUGCCACUGAGAGCCAGUAGGAAAUAUGAGAUGAAACAAGAUGGCUGCUUCCUCCAGCUCCACAUCAAGGAUCUCAAACUUGAGGACAGUGGCAGCUACUCAUGUCAAGCAGGAAGUGCAGAGACCACUGCAGCUGUGUUAGUGACAGAGCUCCCUCCAUUCUUCAAGAAAGAAUUGCGAAGUGUGGAGGCUGAGGAGGGAGGUACAGUCUCCCUGUACUGUGAGCUGUCUAAACCUGGUGUGUCAGUACAGUGGAAGAAGAACAGGAUGCCACUGAGGGCCAUCAGGAAGUAUGAGAUGAAACAAGAUGGCUGCCUCCUUCAGCUACACAUCAAGGAUCUCAAACCUGAAGACAGUGGCAUCUAUUCAUGUCAAGCAGAAAGUGCAGAGACGGCUGCAACUGUGAAAGUGAAAGAGCUCCCACCAUUUUUCAAAGAAGAAUUGCAGAACAUCAAGGCUGAGGAGGAUGGUACGGCCUUACUGUGCUGUGAGGUAUCUAAGCCAGAUGUAGCCAUACAAUGGAAGAAGAACAAGCUGCCACUGAGAACCAGCAGGAAGUAUGAGAUGGUGCAGGAUGGCUGUCUCCUCCAGCUACACAUCAAGGACAUCAAACCUGAGGAUAGUGGGAGCUAUACAUGUCAAGCAGGAAGUGCAGAGACCACUGCAACUGUGUCUGUUAAAGAGCUCCCUCCAUUCUUCAAGAAAGACUUACAAAGUGUGGAGGCUGAGGAGGGAGGUGAGGCCUUUCUGUACUGUGAACUGUCUAAACCUGGAGUGUCAGUGCAAUGGAAAAAGAACAGACUAACACUGAGGGCCAGCAGAAGGUAUAAGAUGAAACAAGAUGGCUGCCUCCUUCAGCUACACAUCAAGGAUCUCAUACCUGAAGACAGCGGCAGCUACUCAUGUCAAGCAGAAAGUGCAGAGACGGCUGCAACUGUGAAAGUGAAAGAGCUCCCAUCAUUUUUCAAAGAAGAAUUGCAGAACAUCAAGGCUGAGGAGGGUGGUACGGCCUUACUGUGCUGUGAGGUAUCUAAGCCAGAUGUAGCCAUACAAUGGAUGAAGAACAAGCUGCCACUGAGAACCAGCAGAAAGUAUGAGAUGGUGCAGGAUGGCUGUCUCCUCCAGCUACACAUCAAGGACAUUAAACCUGAGGAUAGUGGGAGCUAUACAUGUCAGGCAGGAAGUGCAGAGACCACUGCAACUGUGUCUGUUAAAGGUGUGUGCAUGUAGAGAUUUCUGUAGAGAACUCUGACUGUAUCAGAAUGUUUUUGUAUAAGUUCUGCAUGCAGUUUAUCACACAAAAACCUAAAUUGUCUGAUUUAUUUUGUAGUCUUCGUGUGAUGCAAAACAAAUUGUGUGAACCCACUUAUUUAAUGUAGAAAUUAUAGUAUAUAGAUUGUUUGAGUAAACUUAAAAAGUAUUCAUAAGUUUGUUAAAAUGACACUUUUCCCAGAGCUCCCUCCAUUCUUCAAGAAAGACCUACAAAGUGUGGAGGCUGAGGAGGGAGGUGAGGCCUUUCUGUUCUGUGAACUGUCUAAACCUGGAGUGCCGGUGCAAUGGAAGAAGAACGGGCUGCCACUGAGAGCCAGCAAAAAGUAUGAGAUGAAGCAAGAUGGCUGCCUCAUUCAGCUCAACAUCAAAGAGCUCAAACCUGAGGACAGUGGUAGCUACACAUGUAAAGCAGGGAGUGAAGAGACCACUGCAUCACUGUCAGUGAAAGGUGUAUGCAUAAUAAUAUUUUUCCAAUCCUUAACCAUUUCUACAGAGCACCCACCUUUAUUCACUGAAGACUUACAAAGCGUAGAGGCUGAGGAGGGAGGUACAGCCUGCCUGUGCUGUGAGUUGUCUAAACCUGGUGUGCCAGUGCAGUGGAGGAAAAACAAGCUGCCUCUGAGGGCCAACAGGAAGUAUGACAUAAAGCAGGAUGGCUGCCUCCAUGAGCUUCACAUUAAAGAGCUCAAAACUGAAGACAGUGGAAGCUACUCAUGCCAUGCAGGAAAUUCAGAGACCACCGCAACUGUGUCAGUAAAAGAGCUUUCAUCAUUCUUCAAGGAAGACUUACAAAAUGUGGAAGCUGAGGAAGGAGGAACAGCCUCACUGUGCUGUGAGGUAACUAAGCCUGAGUUGUCAGUGCAAUGGAAGAAGAACAAGCUGCCACUGAGAGCCAGCAGGAAGUAUGAAAUGAAGCAGGAUGGCUGCGUCUUCCAGCUCCACAUCAAGGAUCUCAAACCUGAGGACAGUGGGAGCUACAUGUGUCAAGCAGGAAAUGCAGAGACCACUGCAAGUGUCUCUGUCAAAGAUUUCCCGUUAUUCUUCAAGGAAAAAUUAGAAAGUGUGGAGGCCGAGGAGGGAGGUGAAGCCUCCCUGUACUGUGAACUGUCCAAACCUGGAGUGUCAGUACAGUGGAAGAAGAACAGGUUGCCACUCAGAGCCAGCAGAAAGUAUGAGAUGAAACAAGAUCACUGCCUCCUCCAGCUACACAUCAAGGAUCUCAAACUCGAGGACAGUGGCAGUUAUACAUGUCAAGCAGGAAGCGCAGAAACCACUGUUACUGUGACAGUGAAAGAGCUCCGUCCACUCUUCAAGAAAGACUUACAAAAUGUAGAGGCCGAGGAGGGAAGUUCAGCCUCUCUAUGCUGUGAGAUAUCUAAGGCUGGGUUGUCCAUGCAAUGGAAGAAGAACAGACUGACACUGAGAGCCAGCAGGAAGUAUGAGAUGAAACAAGAUGGCUGUCUCCUCCAGCUCAGCAUCAAGGAUCUCAAGCCUGAAGACAGUGGCAGCUACUCCUGUCAAGCAGGAAGUGCAGAGACCACUGCAACUGUAUCAGUAAAAGAACUCCCUCACUUCUUCAAGAAAGAAUUGCAAAACAUGGAGGCUGAGGAAGGAGGUACAACCUUCCUGUACUGUGAGCUGUCUAAACCUGGAGUGCCAGUGCAAUGGAACAAAAAUGGGCUGCCAUUGAGAGCAAACAGGAAGUAUGAGAUGAAGCAGGAUGGUUGCCUAAUUCAGCUCCACAUUAAGGAUCUCAAACCUGAGGACAGUGCCAGCUAUACAUGUCAAGCAGGAACUGCAGAGACCACUGCAACUGUGUCAGUAAAAGAACUACAAUCUGCUCCACAUAAGGCAGAGCCUCCCACAAUACUGCCUCGGGCAAAAGGUACUGUCUCAGAACCAACUCCUACGCCAGAGAAUGAGCGGCCUGACCUUCCAGACGCCCAACUUGUUCCUCCAGUGCCCAAAAAGAGGACAAUGCGAAAAGCGUCUAUUACAGUUUCAGAAAAAGAUAUGGAACUCAUGAUUGACGUAAAACAGCCUAUACAGUCUAUGCAGAGUGAGAAUAACAAAGACCAAAAUGGGAUCCGACCUACAAGAUCUGUGGAGGGAGACUUUGAUAUUGUAAAUGUAAAACAGCUGGAGAGGAAUAAGGACAAAGACAGUCAGAUUUACAAGAAAGAUGAUAAACCAGUGGUGUUACUUGAGAAGGAUGGUGGGAAAGUGAAAAGGCCAGGUAGGCCUUUGGAAAUGGAAAGUGAAAUUUUCAUGGAGAGGAUGCAACCAGAAAGAAAUCUGGAGAAAUUGGUUAGGGUUGGCCAUGAAGUAAGUCAGUCAGAUAGGGUUCUUGGAGAAACAGUGGGUAAACAAAUGAAACCUGAAGCUGAACAGAGCUCAAAUCAACCAGGAAAACCAUCAGAGAAAACAAGGGAAGUGGAGAAGAAGGUGAACCCUCCAGGAACAGAUGUAUGGAAGAACAGCGAGGACGAAAAAGAGCCCUUGAAACCACUUGAGAGGCUAAUUGGGGAGGAAACAAUGAAGAAGCAAGAAGUGAGGUCUUCAGUUAAGGAGGUUGAAAUUAACAAGACAGAAGAGGAGCCUUUGAAACCACCAAUAAGAUCUAAAGUAAAGGUACCAAGGGAAAGGGAACCAUUUAAUUAUGUUGCAAAGGAAACUGAGGAGAUAAUUCCUCAAUCAUUAAACACUACAAUAACGGAUUCUGAAGAAGACCUUAAACAGAGAGACAACAUGACAACAAGAGAGAAAAUGCCAGUGAAACAGGUGCCUUCUAUGAAUCAGCUGGACAAACAAGCAGUAAAACUACCAGAAAAACCUGUGAAUAAAGAGGCUGAACUUGACCCUCCGAAACCACCUGUGAGGACAAAAAGCAAAGCGAGGGGGGGAAUGGAAAAACAAUUAUCGAGGGACACUGAGACAGAUCAAGAUGAACAACAGCUGACAAGAGGUAUGGUGAGAACAACUGAAGAUGAGCCAAUAAAACAUGCAAUAAGGCCUUUGAAACAAGAGGUUGUAGAGAAACCAACAUUUGAAAGAAACCAGUCAGUAACAACAGACACCGAAAUACCUGAGAAAAUGAAGCAACAGGUGAAAGCUGCAGAGAAGGAUGCAAUCACUAAACAGCCUAUCAAACAACCAGUAAAACCCAUCAGAAAAGAACCUGACGUGGACCGGGAAAUGACACUGGCAGUUGAGCCAAUGAGAAGGGAGGAGGAACCACAAACAACAGGAAACAUUCCUCUUCUUUAUAUUUCUGAAGAUGAAACUUUCUUAGAAGCUUUGACUGAGUUACCAGCAGACCACAGCAAUGACCAACCCAUUGGCUCUUUUACUGAGAGGUCAACCCAACCUUCCAGCCUUUCUCCAGUUAAUGUGCUCCAGAGGACCCUCCCAUCAGAGGAGGCCACACCUGAGGUGGACAUUAGCACUGAGGAUGAACCACAAAUGCAAGAGGCUGCAGUAAAGAUUCAGGCUGCCUUUAAAGGCUACAAAACUCGCAAAGACAUGCGACCAGCCUUCAAAGAGGUAUUUAAGAACCAGAGUGCAGAUCUUAACAGUACAGUCACUUUAGUGUGUGUUGUAGAUGGAAAACUCAGCACAGUGAACUGGCUGAAAGAUGGACAGCAAAUCACUAAUGAUAAGAGAUGCCAUAUCGAGACUACAGAGAAUGGUGUAUGCACUCUGGUGAUCACCAAACUGACCACCAAUGACAGUGGCAUCUAUACAUGUGAGGUGGUGAAUAAGUUUGGUGUGACCUCCUACAAUGGAAACAUAACAGUUGUCCAGAAGCCUGUACACCCACCUCUUGCAACCAUUACUCCUCUGCAACUCGCCCCAUUGCAGCCUGAGGCAAAGGUCAAAACACAGACUCAGAAUCUACCUCAGACUAAAACCCAGGUACCUACUUCAACUAUAGAUGCUGCAAAUUAUGUAGAGAGUGUGAACGUCUCUCUGUGGGAGGCCUACAAUCUGACAGAGCAGGAUACUCAGAUCAACCUCCAAGAGAGGAGAAAAUCCUCCCUCAUUGCUUCCAGCUCCAUGUCGAGUCCCUCUGAUUAUGACACUGCUCCAGAUAUAAUGGAACCUGUUGAAAUCAGUCCAGCUAUACGAAGGCAAGAACCAAAAGCAGCGGACCAAGUGCCUCCAAAAGACAGUAAAGAGCAGAUAGCUGCUCCACAACCUCCUAAGAACCUACUAAAGGUCAAAGGAACCCAUGAAGGCAAAAUGAGGACACCAUCUCCUAAACAUCAUUGUGCCCACACACCCUUAACUAGUACUGUUUCUGGAUCAGAGUCUGAAGGGGAAGAGGAUAGACAAGAGACAUUUGAAAUGUAUGUGGCUCGAGCUGACUGCAGUCCUAUCAGUGGAAAUAAGGACAGUUUUAUUCUCAAAGAGGGCCAGUAUGUAGAGGUCGUGGACUCUGUUCAUCCUGACAGAUGGCUGGUGAGGACCAAACCCACCAAAACCAACCCUGCACGGCAGGGGUGGGUGUGUCCAGCCUACUUGGAGAAGAAGAGAAAGGAGACCUUCCCACAACUGAGAGCACCUCAAGAGGAUCUUGAUGGUAUUGGAUCUACAGGUGAAGAGUACAGGAGAACGCUGAGCCAACUGAUUCAAGGCCUGAUUGAUGGAGAGGAGGAGUUUGUAAAGGAGAUGAGGGUCUUCACCUCUCAUCAGCUAAAAUAUUUGGACUCUAGUUGCCAUGCCCCCGUCAACGUCCUCAACCAGAAAGAGAUUAUCUUCAGGAAUAUCAAGGACAUUGUUUCUCUCCAUGAGCGGUCCAUUCUUCCCAGACUGAGAGACUGUGCCACAGAUGAUGAUGUUGCUAUGCACCUCAUCAAGCACACUGAAGACUUUGAAAAGUAUCUUUACUACAUGGUGGGGCAGGCACAAGCAGAGGCAUGCGUCACUGACAAGGCUAUCCAGCAAUAUUUCAAAGAGUUAACCGAAUCUGGUAAGCCUGAAGCUCCUGUCAUGGAUGUCAUUACCUACCUUCAGAGACCAGUAGAAAGGAUUCAGACCUACCAGGCUUUACUGAAGGAAUUCAUCAAGAACAAAGCAAAGAGUGGCCAGAGCUGUUUCCUACUGGAAGAUGCUUUCUCUCUGGUUUCCUGUCUACCCUGGAGGUCUGACAACAUGCACCAGGUCUCCCUCAUCGAGAAUUACCCAGCACCUCUUGUUGCUUUGGGCGAGCCUGUGCGACAGGGAGUCUUCACAGUAUGGGAGGAAUCUCCUGAAAUGAAGACAACCUCUAGAGGGCAUCAGAGACAAGUCUUUCUCUUCAAGGAAUGUAUUGUACUUUGUAAACUGAAAAGAGAAACCGGCAUGAACUGUGAUACCUACACCUUCAAGAAUAAAAUGAAGCUGAAUGAUGUGGAAAUAAAGGAGACUUUGGUUGGAGAUGAAAAGUCUUGGGGGUUGUGGCAUGAGCACAGGGGCUCAGUGCGGAGGUAUACACUGCAAGGCCGCUCCACAAUGGUUAAACUCUCCUGGCUCAAGGAUCUCAAGGAGCUACAGCAACGUUCCUGCCUGCCCACUAACAGCCCACCAGUGUUUGAGUCACAGCUGUCUGAUUGCACAACAAAGAUAGGACAGACUAUCAAACUGAGCUGCAAGGUCACAGGAUCACCCAAACCAGCAGUGAGCUGGCUCAAAGAUGGCCUCCCUCUGGAGGAUGACCCCCAUCACAUUAUUACAGAAGACCGGACAGGCACCUGCUGUCUCAUCCUUGACAGCCUGACUGCAGAGGACUCUGGACAGUACACAUGCUACGCUGCCAGCAGCAUGGGUAGUGCUGGCACUCUAGCUAAGGUUGUAGUGCAAGCUCCACCCAGAUUUGUGAGUCGGCUGGAGAGUGCUUGUCUGAUAGAAAGAGAGGAUAUCCAGUUCACUUGUUCCACACUCACCACUCCUUUACCACGAAUCAGGUGGUUGAAAGAUGGCAGAGAGCUGACUGAACAGCAAAAAUAUUCAGUCCUGAACGACGUUCGGAGUGGGAUCUUGUCUCUAACGGUCACCUGUGCAACAGAGGCAGAUAUUGGACAGUAUGAGUGUGAGCUUUGGAAUGAGUUUGGCUGCGUCAAGUGCAAAGCAGGCCUGUGCCCAGCCUAUGUACCACCGAUUGACAUUGAGAGCGACCAACCACAGGAUUUACCUCCUAAAGAUGAAGACUCAGAGGGAUGGUCCACUGCCUUUGUUAAGAAAUGGUUACAAACAGACUUUAGCCCCUCAUCUACUGCUAAGAUGAUCCUCCCUCCUGGAUACAAUGAACACACUGAAGAGACUGUUCCUGCCUCUACAUCCAUGAAACAGCAGCCUCUGUAUUAUAUAGAGGAAGAGGAAGAAGAGAUCUACAUCGCAGAGCCAAUGCAGGAAAUUACAGAUGCUCCUCCCUCCAUCCAGGUACCCACUGAAGACCUGUGUGUUGAGCCUGGCCAACCAGCUACAUUUACUGCCAUCAUCACAGGAAGGCCUAUCCCUAAGAUACAGUGGUACAAGGAUGGAGAGGAACUCACAGCCGAUGAGAAUGUGGAAAUAGUACAGCAUGGUGCCCGCUGCUCAGUGACCAUAGUGUGCCCCGAGGGUGAGGACAGUGGCAUAUACACCUGCCUUUCCUACAAUGAUUCUGGGCAUGCUUCAUGCCAGGCUGAGCUCACAGUGGAGGAAGGUCCACUGGAGUUUCAGGAGAGAGAGGUGGAACUGGGAAAGAGAAGGAAGCUCUUCUCUGUCUAUGACGUCCAUGAGGAAAUUGGAAGGGGAACAUUUGGGGUAGUAAAGCGUGUAGUCCACAGAAGGACAGCUGAAAUCUUUGCUGCUAAGUUCUUGCCUCUGCGGAGCAGCACUCGGACCAGGUCCUUCCAGGAGAGGGACUUGCUCUCCCGUCUGGCUCAUCCCAGAGUGGCCUGUCUGCUGGAUUUCUUUUGCACAAGACGCACACUGGUGCUCAUCACAGAAAUCUGCUGUUCUCAUGGAAUUGUGGACCAUUUAUUAUUGAGAGGUUCAGUCUCCGAGAAAGAGGUUCAGUCAUAUAUCCAGCAAAUCCUUGAGGGAGUUGGUCACAUUCACAGCAUGAACAUUUUGCAUCUGGACAUUAAACCUGAGAAUAUCCUAAUGGUGUACCCACCGAGAGAUGAGAUCAAGAUAUGUGACUUUGGCUUUUGCCAGGAAAUAGACACAUCCAGACAUCAGUACAGCAUGUUCGGUACACCAGAGUUUGUUGCACCUGAGAUUGUUCACCAAGAACCAGUCACUGCGGCCACAGAUAUUUGGUCUGUGGGUGUUAUAACCUAUUUAUGUCUGGUGUGCCGAUGCCCUUUUGUGGGUGAGACCGAUCGUGCUACACUGCUGAGGGUAGGUGAAGGGACCCUGAACUGGGAAGCCCCUGAUGUCAUGUACAGGAGCCCUGAGGCCCAGGACUUUCUCCGCAUGCUCCUUCAGCCAGAUCCAGAAAAGCGUCCGUCUGCCUUUGAGUGUUUGAGCCACCAAUGGAUCCAGGAUGCACAUGCUGGUGAAGAUACUGAUGAAAUCAACACAAAGAGUUUGAAAGUCUUCCUCUCAAAAAGAAAGUGGCAACGUUCUUUGACUUGCGUUGGUUCAGUGCUCACAUUGAGGCCCGUCCCUGAACUGCUGGAUGCUCCUCUCAGGGAGACUGCAGUGACAUUGCCCCGUGAGCCCCAGGAACACAGCAGCACCUCAGUGAGCAGUGGCUCAUCGUCUGAAUAUGAUGAGGCUGACUCUUGGGACUUUUUCCAGCACUACAGCCAAACUGAGGAGGAGGUAGAAACAGAGGAGGACAAUGACCCUCCGAUGGAGAGAGCGCUGAUCCCUGAGCCUUUUGUCAAACUCAACCUAGAUGAAGAGGAGGAAGAGGAAGUGACAUUAGGGGAGGAAGAGGAUGGGGAGAUUGUAGGAAGGAGGAGUGUGCUAGAGCGGAGUAUAAGUCGGCAGUCAGUUACUUCAUCAGAAGUGUCGUACCAACACACACCACAGAGGGAGCGUAGGUUCAGCAAGGACAGUAGUCAAUCUCUCUACCUGUCUGACGGAGAUGAGGGUUCAGGGAGUGAUGGAGGUCGAAUCCCUCGAGGUAGCGUCAUCCGAAGCACUUUCUAUAGCACUUCUCACCAGCUUUCGCCUAUGUCUGCCAGACACAUGACAUUACGGGACAAAUUCCAGGCCAAAAAGCAAGAGAGAGGUCGCAAGCCACUCCGAAGAAGCUUUUCAGGACGCCUGAAUGAACCUCUUAUUGAAUAUGUGGAGGAUGAGGCAGAGACCAAUCGUGGCCAGAGACGGGCAUCUAUCCAGCCCAAAAUGCAGAAAUCCUGUUCCUUUGACAGUGGAGUUGGCUUCGCCCACACCAACAUAUCCCCUCACAGGAGGAGCAGGUCUCUGGAUGAGUAUUCUCGGCGAUCUCCCAGCUCACCCAAGCGCACCAAGCCAGGUGACAAAGAGGGCACUCAAAGUCUGAAGGAAGAUUCGACAGAUGAUGAAGUGGGAGGGAAAAAGUUGUUGGCCGUUCCAGGUCCUCGGCGACCUGCAAGAAGAAGGGGCUCUGUUGCACCGUUACAGGGGACUCACACACUUGGUCGUCCCUCAAGCCUCCUCACUGGAGACAGAGGGAGCCUCAGGCUGAAUCAGGAGCGGACAGAAGGAGACACUUUUGCUGGCUCCCAGGGUUCCCUGGCUGAGUCGUCUAUUCUAGAACAAGGUGGCUCAGAGUCUUCAAGUAGACUCGGCUCUCAUGAGGAGUUGAGUCAUGGUCGUCACAGAGGAAGAUACAGAUCAGGAGGGAGUGAGGAGUACGAUUAUCAAGGGGAACCUCUGAUUUCACCAUCACCUUGCUGCUCAUUCCAAGAAGUUAAACCCAGAAGCUCAUUUCCCCAGGCACCACCACGGAACCGCACACGCUCCAACCCCAACUUAUCUGCAAACCUCAGAAGUCAGAUGGGGAGUUCACUAACACCCAGUCCCAGCCCCAGCCUCUCCUCUCUCCAGGCUCCAGAAAGGCCUCCCAGGGCCAAAGACAAGAAGGAAGGCCACGGCCUCCAGAGGCAUGCAUCUGCUCCCGCCCUUGAAGCGCGGCCACCUACAGGAAAAUCACCCAAGCUGGGACUGCUGAAGAUCUUCCGCAGGCAGUCCUGGACUGGCCAUUCCUAUGCGCAGCUAGAGGACACAGAGUUAGGACCCACACUAGGAGAGAUAAUGAAGCCAGAUACUCCCACCAUGUCUCUGAGGAAGAAAAUGAGAGCUUCGGCCUCCAGCCUGACCAAACUGUUUUCAAGGUCUUCCAGUAAGGAGGAUGUGAGUAAAGGAGGCCCAAUAGUAAAAGGAUCAGCUCCCAUCCCACCUGAAAGGAAGCGUGGUACUGGUCUUGAGAGUUCAAAAAAGAAGACUUCCAAACUCUUGCCUUCUUUGAAAAUACCAGCAUUCAAAAUGACAAAAGUCCGUCCAAACAAGGCUGAUGUGUUCCAGUUAGAUGGAGGUGGUGUCCUGCUGGUGUGGAGGCCAGUCCAGUCUAGUGACCCCGUCAUUUACUGUGUGCAAUACUGUACAGACGGUGGGGAGUGGACAGUCCUGUCGGAGGAGGUGACAGAUAGCUGCUAUGUGGUGAAGGAUUUACCAAGAGGAGCUUCUUAUGUGUUCAGGGUGGGCUGCAUCACUAAGACAGGAGCAGGACCUUUUAGUGAUACUUCAUCACCUGUUGUUAUGGCUACUCACCCUGAAGAGACUCACAUUCCUCUCAUCCAAACCUCCCUGGAGUCCCUGGGGUCAAAGGUCGUACGGUCACGGCAACAGACAACACAGACGGACUACAACUUUCUCUCUGAGAUCAACAGGGGUCGUUUCAGCAUAGUAACCCUGUGUAGGGAUGCUGAGACCAGCCAAGUGUUUGCUGCCAAGAUCACCCCUUACAAAGCAGAGCAGAGACAGUUGGUGCUGAGGGAAUACCAGCUGUUGAAGAAGCUGCAUCACACCCACCUGGUCCAGCUGCACACUGCCUACAUCACCUCUUCCUACUUGGUAUUAGUGGAGGAGCUCUGCCCUGGUAAAGAGCUGCUCUGCAGUCUGGCUGGAAGAGAUCUCUAUUCAGAGGCUCAGGUCGCAGAGCUGCUGGUUCAGAUUCUGAGCGCAGUCGACUACCUUCACAGCCGUCGAGUCAUCCACCUGGACCUGAAGUCUGACAACAUGCUGGUGGACGAUGGCAACCGCCUGAAAAUCAUAGACUUUGGCUCGGCUCAGUUCUUCAUACCCGGUCAGCCUCUCAACAUAGAGCACAUUCAGGGCCUGUCGGAGAGCAAAGACUGCUGCAGCAAAGUUUAUAUUGUCCUUCCUAAAGCUCCGGAAAUCCUGGAGGGUCAGGGAGUCGGGCCUGAGACUGAUGUUUGGGCUAUUGGAGUUCUGUCCUUCAUCAUGUUGAGUGCUGAAAGCCCAUUUCAUGCAGAACACGGCUGGGAGCAAGACAGAAACAUCAGGAAAGGGAAAAUCCAGUUUGGACGCUGUUACCCUGGUCUGUCAGAGGGAGCCUUAAACUUCAUGAAGAGCAGCCUGAAUAACAAAUCCUGGGGGAGGCCCACUGCAGCUGAGUGUCUCCAGAACCCAUGGCUACGCGCCCAUCGUGCCCCACACAAAGCAAGACACUCCAAGGUGUGUUUCUCCACAGACAAGCUUAAAGCUUACCUCAGCCAGAAGGAGGAGAAACGAGACCAGGUCUGCACCAAGCUUCGGAGUCCAUUCUUUCAGUAA